GUCAGAGGCUAGACGACCAGAGAGCCAGCCUCAGCCUGCUGCCUGAUUCAGAACCACCAGCCCUCUGCGGGGCCUGCAGUCCUGAUCAGAACUCUGUCCCAAGUCUGGACUUUUACUACAUGCUGAUACACUACCAGUCCGACAGGAUGGAAGACCAGAGGUGCUCCCUUCCACACCUGGAUGAGGUCAUGGGUCGGGUUCCUGAAGGACAGGAGGAUUUUUUCAGUCUGAUCCAGAGAGUCCAGUCCAGGAGGAUGGAUGAGCAGAGAGCCUCAAUGAUGCUGAGCCAGGGGGAAGAAGACCAGAACCCAGAGCCAACAAGCUCCUCCCACCAACGUCAUCACCAUCACUGAUGAAGAUGGAUCAGCUUGUUAGGGGUCUCCUUGAUAAGUCUGAGUCUACACAGUGAA